AUGGCUUCCAGCAUAACUUCCUCAUCCGCGUCCUCCCGGAUUUUCCGGGGGGUGGACCGGCAGCCUUAUGCGAACGCCGAUGCGACUCUGCGAUCGCUGGCGGGAGCUGCGGAAGGGUUCGGAUCGCAGAGCAUCGGCGGGAGGGAUGGCGAGAUUUACACCGUUACCUCCCUAGCAGACAGCGGUCCCAACACUCUGAGGGAUGCAUGCAAGCACAAGGUAGCGGCCAGGUGGAUCGUCUUUGCUGUCUCGGGCACCAUCUGCCUCUCCUCGCCCAUCCGAGUACCCUCUUUCACCACUAUAGACGGCCGAGGGCAAAAGGUGAUACUUCAGGGUGCCGGCCUGCAGCUGCGUGACUCGCAGCACGUGAUCCUCUGUUGUUUUCUCCUGACAGGUGGUCGGGGCCACGAUGCAGAUGCGAUCCAGAUGAAACCCCAGGUGGCCCAUGUGUGGGUGGACCGAUGCACACUGUCGGAUUAUGAUGAUGGGCUGAUUGACAUAACACGAGGGUCAACAGAUGUGACUAUAUCGAGGUGUCAUUUCUACAACCAUGACAAAACGAUGCUGAUAGGUGCGGAUCCGAAGCACACGGAGGAUCGGGACAUCCGAGCCUCCAUCCACCACUGCUUCUUUGAUGGGACGAGGCAGAGGCACCCGCGGGUCAGGUUCGGCAAGGUGCAUCUGUACAAUAACUACACUCGGGAUUGGGGGGUCUAUGCUGUGUGUUCAAGUGUCGAGGCACAGGUCUUGUCCCAACACUGUAUAUACGAAGCAGGGAAGAAGAAAAAGACAUUUGAGUACUAUAGCGAGCAGGCACCUGACAGGGCAGAACCUGCAAGUGGCAGCCUCAAGUCUCAAGGUAACUCGUUUUUGAACGGUGCGCAGAGCAAGGAGCAGGGCAGCGAGGGGGUGUUUGACCCUGGCCACGUGUACAGCUGUGAUUGGUCACUGUGGGGGCAGUGUAGCCGUGAGGUGGUGGUGGCUUGUGCUGGCUGGCAGGACGUGCCUCUGCCGGCAGAUGUAUAG